UACAUUUUUAUACCUGAAAUUCCUGGUAGUGUGGGCACUUGUCCUCCUGGCAGACUUUGUCCUGGAGUUCCGAUUUGAGUAUCUGUGGCCAUUCUGGCUUUUCAUCAGAAGCGUCUAUGAUUCCUUCAGAUACCAGGGACUGGCCUUCUCAGUAUUUUUUGUUUGUGUAGCAUUUACAUCAAAUAUCAUAUGUCUCCUCUUCAUUCCCAUACAAUGGCUUUUUUUCGCUGCUAGCACAUAUGUAUGGGUCCAGUAUGUAUGGCACACAGAAAGGGGAGUGUGUUUGCCUACAGUGUCCCUCUGGAUACUCUUUGUUUAUAUUGAAGCAGCAAUUAGAUUCAAAGAUCUGAAAAAUUUUCAUGUAGACCUUUGUCGUCCAUUUGCUGCUCACUGUAUUGGGUACCCUGUGGUGACUUUGGGCUUUGGCUUCAAAAGUUACGUGAGCUACAAGAUGCGGUUAAGAAAGCAAAAGGAAGUUCAAAAGGAGAACGAGUUUUACAUGCAGCUUCUUCAACAGGCCCUCCCUCCAGAGCAGCAAAUGUUGCAGAAGCAAGAAAAGGAGGCCGAGGAAGCAGCCAAAGGAUUGCCGGACAUGGAUUCCUCGAUCCUUAUACAUCACAAUGGAGGCAUCCCAGCCAACAAAAAACUUUCCACAACGCUGCCAGAGAUAGAAUAUCGAGAAAAAGGGAAAGAAAAGGACAAGGAUGCCAAAAAACAUAACCUUGGAAUAAAUAACAACAAUAUUCUACAACCUGUAGACUCUAAAAUACAAGAAAUUGAGUAUAUGGAAAACCAUAUCAAUAGUAAAAGAUUAAACAAUGAUCUUGUGGGAAGUACAGAAAAUCUCUUAAAAGAGGACUCAUGCACUGCUUCUUCAAAAAAUUACAAAAAUGCCAGUGGAGUUGUGAACUCCUCACCUCGAAGUCACAGUGCUACAAAUGGAAGCAUUCCUUCCUCGUCUAGUAAAAACGAGAAGAAACAGAAGUGCACUAGCAAGAGCCCAAGUGCACAUAAGGACUUAAUGGAGAACUGUAUUCCUAACAACCAGCUAAGCAAACCAGACGCGCUGGUAAGGCUGGAACAAGACAUCAAAAAGCUAAAAGCUGACCUGCAAGCCAGCCGGCAAGUGGAACAAGAGCUACGCAGUCAGAUCAGCUCCCUCUCAAGCACAGAACGAGGGAUCCGCUCAGAAAUGGGCCAGCUCCGGCAGGAGAACGAGCUGCUGCAGAAUAAGUUACAUAAUGCUGUGCAAAUGAAGCAAAAAGACAAGCAGAAUAUCAGCCAGCUGGAGAAAAAGCUAAAAGCUGAGCAGGAAGCCCGAAGCUUUGUAGAAAAACAGUUAAUGGAGGAGAAAAAAAGGAAGAAGUUAGAAGAAGCCACUGCUGCACGGGCUGUUGCCUUUGCUGCCGCAUCUAGGGGAGAGUGCACCGAAACCUUGCGGAGUCGGAUCAGAGAGCUAGAAGCCGAGGGCAAGAAGCUCACAAUGGACAUGAAGGUGAAGGAGGAGCAGAUCAGGGAGCUGGAGCUAAAGGUUCAGGAGCUUCGGAAGUACAAAGAAAAUGAGAAGGACACCGAGGUGUUAAUGUCAGCACUCUCCGCCAUGCAAGACAAGACGCAACACCUGGAGAACAGCCUCAGCGCAGAGACAAGAAUCAAGUUGGACCUGUUCUCUGCACUGGGUGAUGCAAAGCGGCAGCUGGAGAUUGCCCAGGGACAAAUCCUUCAGAAAGAUCAGGAAAUCAAGGACCUAAAACAGAAGAUAGCCGAAGUCAUGGCCGUCAUGCCCAGCAUAACAUACAGUGCCGCCACCAGUCCUCUGAGCCCUGUGUCCCCCCACUAUUCUUCCAAGUUUGUGGAGACCAGCCCCUCUGGACUCGAUCCUAAUGCCUCUGUCUAUCAGCCCCUGAAGAAAUGAAGGCCAGCUGUGUGUUUGCCCAACCAUUUGGAACCAGAAGUCUUUGAAAAGCAGCGUCUCUGGUGGUCAAGAUAAAAACGUUGAUAAUUGUGUUUUGUGGGACUGUAUAUGUUGUCAUUUUUAAAGGGGGGAAAUAACAUCCAAGUCUGACUAGAACUGCCCAUCAGUUGUUCUUGUAAGUUUUUAGAAGACCUCACAGGACUUUGCAGUUUAUUUUUCUUGGCCAACACAUUAAAACCAUUCUUGGAUUUCAAGUAGCCAAUUUUGCCUUUCUAUGUAUUUUUACAUAGUUUCCUCUUGAAGACAAAAAAAAAAAAAAAAAAGCAGAGUUUUUGCUUUUCAACUCUCUUUUGUUCUUAAAUAAGCAAGAAAAUUGCACAUUGUAUUCACACGGAUGACAACAAAAGCUUAUUUCCAUCAGGAGAGGGCUAAAUAACCUGACACAGCUCUGAUUCCAUAGCUGAAUUAAAGAUGAUUAUUGCUGUUACAGAAAAAAAAGAUUGAUUGCCCCUCCAAGGACCAGACACGGAUCAAGGGAGCCUCAUGAGAGAGACUUAAGGGGUGAGGCUAGCUUGCAAGCGUGUGACGGCGUGUUUGGAGUAUUGACAUUCCCAUUGAUGUGUAGUUAUAGAAUGUGUCUGAGAGCAUUCUUUGCAUCACCUUGAAAAGAUAUUUCAAGAGGAAACACGAUCACUUUCCACUACCCCCACCUGCUCCUUUUCUGUCAUCUGUCUUCUAUUUGUCGAGUUCACUGUGGAUCCUGUUGUACAGCUGGUAGGUGGCUGGGCUGCUGGUCACCGCGCCACCACAGGCUUUUUUCCAUGGGAACCGCACAGGGUUCCAUGCUUGCUGCCAGUCAAGAACCUUAGGGAGUCAGCCUGGUGGGUGUGAAAGAGGCCAAACGAUAGCUAAUGAAAGCUGUGGUCUAGGAGCGGUUCCCACGUGUCAUUUGCUGCUCUCUUCACUCUCAUCAUCUCAUGUGUGAUGGUUUAUGGGUGCUUGACUAUUCCGGAGCUCUUGUGCCAAGGAGGAUUUGUUGUUGUUUGUUUUUAAGACCUAAACUCUGCACAAAGAUACUGGUUCAACUGUGUAUUAUACGUUGGUAGAAAGUGUCUGUGCAGACCUUUGAAAGUGUGUUAAGGAUCAGGGAGGGGGAGGGCAGGGGAGAGAACGGGCAAAGCAGAGUUGCAUUUGGAAGUUUGGGGAAAUUAAGAAACCAAAUCAAUUGGCUUUGCUUCCGUGCUGUGUGUUCUGGAAGGACAUAGUUCUAAAAUUUCCUGUUGAUUGGCAUGUGUAUCUUAUUUAAAGCAAAUUAGGUAGGACAACCAGUCAGUAAAAUUAGAAGUAUUAAAGAGAAUCACCCUUUCAAUCACAGAUCUUAUUUUGGAGUAAAACAAACUUCUAGCUUUAGCCAGGUGUGCAUGUUGCUGCCAUUUGCAUUUUGAAUCAUCUUGUGUAACUGUCACCAUGAAAGUGUUACUCAGAAUUGUCACAGUUUUUUUUCCAUCUUUGUGCAAAAACAUGGAAAAUUGUCACCAAGUUUGUGUUGAGGUUUCCCCCAUUUUGCUGCCUUUGGGACACUGUUUUCGUUAAAUACUUGGUCUUGGCUGCAUUCUUUUUUUUUUUCCCCUGUGGGGUUCAAAAGAAUAAACAUUUUCUUACUGAUAA